AUGGAUCGUGUAGGCAUCUCGGAGCUCAACCCAGAGCUGCCAGCCCUCGAAUCGAAGCAGUUCAAAGCCACAGUCACCCUGAUAUGGCCCUACUCGUCUUCAGCCCGCCAAUUCGCCCUACUCCUUGCUGACCCUGACUUCCGGCUGCGUCGAAAGAAGGGCCAGGUCAGAGCUCGCUUCUCCGGAUCCUGCGCCAAAGCCAUUGCGACAACGAGUAUAGGGAUCGGAGAUGAGGUUAUACUGAGCUUGCAGGGCGCGCAAUUUGUGCAGGAAGGAGCUGUCAACACGCCGGGAAAGGGCAUCGACUGGGAGCUGUCCUACACACAGACUGUUGUGGUCCAGGUGUUCCGCAAUGGCAGCGAACUCGCAAAUCUGAACCUCGUCGAUGUUGCCCCUACACCUGCGCCGCGCUCACCCAACCGCCGCGAGCCUGUAGCAGCUCCAAGCCCUGCCCAACAAUGGUCCUCUCCGGCAUUUCUCAAGCGUGUGCGACUUUCCGACGGACCGGUCUUUGAAGCUCCAUACGAUCCCCUGGUGGAGGAGAACAACGAGGGUCAUGACAAGAAGCGACGGAGGAAGUCGUACAGAGAUUGGAAGGCUUGGACAUACAGUGCGAGAACACCUUCGCCGGAGAAGGAGCAAGAUAGUAUGGAGGAAUACUCUGGUGGUGUCGAGGCGUCACCCAGCCGUCCAACCCAGCUGCCCGACACGCCCGUUUCUCCGCCGAAGCCUGAGAUGCGCUCGGUUGCGGCUGAACCACUAAAUCAUUUGGAAGAUGUCAAGGAGACGCACCAAAGCCGAGCAACCGCUCACAAUGAAUUGGUGUCAAGGCCAAAACAGGAUGACUUCGUUCGCGACGCCGAUUACUACGAGCUAUACGCUGGUCCCAACGAGCUUCCACCCUCGGGCGCGCAGUAUGCUUUUGGAGGUGAUACCGAAGUCAAUACCGAAGAAGAGGAAGUUGUGCAAAAAGGGUCAGAAGCUGAUAGUUUCAGUACAACAGAGGCCAAUACCGACGACGACGAUCGUCUUCGCCAGAUCGAGAGUGAAGCAGUCGAAAUAGAGUUGUCGGACAGUGAACAUACACUCGCUCGAAAGAACACGGAGAUCGCAACCAAAGAGGAAAAUUCCAUGGAUGUCAUUGGAGUACGGCAUGCUACGGAGACUUUAAUUGACGAAGCAGUCAAUAUCUACGGCGCACCAACAACCGUCAUGCCCCCUCCUACUUUAUCUACUCUCCAGACCAACUUUCCCAUCACCAACAUCUCAGCUCUGCUCACUCCCAUAGGCAGAGAGCCUGAUAGCCCAACUCUCCAGCCUCUGGACUCUGCUACACUCCCCUUGCCGUCACCAUUUCCAGGAGAGCGGGAUAACAGCAUCGCAUCGUUCCUUGACCAAGUGGCAACCGUACAACAACUCGCAGAAGUCGAUGCUACGGCCAAUGAAGAUCUGGAGCUUCCAAGCGAUGCAGACUACAUCCUUGAGACCUCAUUCUUCAGCUCGAUAAACUCAUCGAGACCUUCAGGAAAUCAUCCAAGUCAUGAAUCGGCCUUUACUCCCGUGCGGUUUACAUUUGGCAUGGAUGGUGCUGGCUUUUCUCGUCCAAUGGAGCUAUCUUCCCCAGCACCGGAAGAAUUUCCAUUGAUCAUCGAGGAAAACAUACAGGCAGACACAGGAUUAUCCGACACCAAAUUUCAAAAAGACUCUACUGCUUCUUUGGACAUACAGAUGCCUGUGCCUUUGUCUCAUGAGACCGCGGACGUUGUUGAACUGUCUUCUGGUUCGGAGUUCGAAGAGCUGGAGGAAAGCGAGAUCGAAAGUAACACACCGGCUGACAAUGAAGCGGACGCCGAUGGAUCGAAGGCAAAUGUAAUGGACUUUAAUCAAGCUACUACUAACGAAGUUCUGGACAACCAAGAGGAAAGAUGGCGCCAGAUGCGUACAUCACCUAAGUCAGAGAUCAAGGACAAGGUCAACUUCGGGAUUAUUAGCACCCAACCGUCUACAGCGGGAUCGGGAGUAUUUGACUUAGGGUCUCCGUCUGAGGAUAACAGUGACGAGGAAAGCCAUGUCACGGGAGCUGAGCCUAAUGUCUUCGACAGAGCCGGCAGCAAUGAAGUCAACGAGCCGCUCCAACCAUCAGACGCUGAAAGCUAUAGUGGGUUCUUCAACCUAGAUUCUGCGCAUGAAGUCGCGAGUGCGACUGCAACUUUGGAAGAGGAGGUAUAUCCUCACACAGAGGCACAACAGCAACUAGAGACAAGUUUUCACCAUCUUGAGGAAGAGCAACCUUUCCCGGUCCAUGAUCAUGAGUCACAAUUCGCCCUGGGCGAUUCGGACGCCUAUAUGCAGGACGCUUUCCGCAUAGAUGAGCUGCAACCCAUACCGGAAUGGGAAUCGCUAGUGACAGAAGAGCAUCACCCAGAUAUCAAAAUGGAGUCGAUUGAAGAGGACUCUUCAUUCCAUUUAAGCCAACCUAACAUCCAACAAGUGGAAGAUAGCCACCAGCAUCAUGCCGCUGGAAGCCCUGAUGAGCUAAUAAUUGCUGUUCCGGGAGAGAGCCAUGUGCUUGGAGAACUACACACCAUAUCGGUACCGGCCACAGCUCCUGCUAGGAACACUAGAUCCAAGACAAAAGCCUCAACAUCGCCUAGCAAAGAAAAAACGCCAGUCCCUAAGCGCAAAACUCGCUCGGCAAAAUCCAAAGCAUCGGUAACAUCUGUUGCCCGUACGACUAUCUCACCUUCUAAAACACGAACUCGUUCCACGGCAUCUCCAUCUCAGGAUGCUGCGCAAAGCUCGCCGUAUAGCCUUCGCUCUCAAUCGAAGUUGCUUUCGCCCUUCAAAGACACGUCGGAAGUCGCUACAGCCAUACCACACAGGAGUUCUCGUAAGCACGCUCCGCAAAAUAGCACAGGUUCAGUCUCGGAUCUUGCCCCAUCCCAACUGGAGGGUCGUGACCUUUUUACGACGAGCUUUGAGCUGUCACAAGAGCUAAACGCUUCACAAGGAAGAUACUCGAAUGUGUCAUUCGUAAAGGAUUCUGAGGAGGAGAGCUUGAGCUCUGAGCAGUCUAUAUCUAUCGCUCAACACUCUGGUAGUUGGGGUGACAUUGGCGCACAUUAUACUAAUUCGAGCAAUCCAGCGAAUACAAGACCAAUAACGAAGGCGACAGGGAAGAAGACCGAGCUCCAAACGGUAGAUCAGGUGAAGGGCAGUAGUCCUACUCAGCCGUCACACUCGUUUAACGCGCCACCACCGGCGACUAGCCCUAGCAGACGACUUCGCUCAGCAGGUGCAGCAGAAAGUACAUCUCCUAGCCCUCGUAUGGUGCGCAGGACAAGAAGGCACGUAUAUGAGCUUUCUCCCGAGGCUCGAGAAUCUAUGGAAGAGUCACCAGAUGAGGCAACACCCAAGCUAGAUAUAACCGGUGAAAGUGAAGGUGAAGACGACCACCAGAUUAGAAGCUCACCUCCACCCGCACCAAGUGAACUCUAUGCACUACCCUCGGGUUCUACUGCUACAAUCCCUUUUAUCAAUCAACAAUCCCUCAAGGCUGACAAUAUGCCAAUCACGCCGGACGCUACACAGCAGACAACGACAGAGCCGCAACCCGGUUUCACCGCUGUACAACAAGGAGAUGGCCUACUCAUGACACCUCAGCCUACUCAAGCCACCUCCAGAGAACUUCGCUCGUUCCAGGCCGAUAUUGAUCAAGCCCCAAUGAUUAAAAAAUCAACGCCCCGCCGCAAUGUCACCUCUACCGAUGUCGCAUCCGCCUCAGCUAGUCCACACUCUGAAGCUGCCUCUUCCUCUUCCGACGUGGUCGAAGCGGAGCAACCUUCAAUAGGCCUCUCCACACCGCUCGCAUACUAUACGCCAUUGAAGGACUUGGUAUUCUUCCUCAAUCGGUCAUCACAAUUUCACUCCGCCGCCAGUCCUGACGUCCUCGCCCUCGUCACAUCAUCCUCCACGCCGAGCGAGAAGGCGAAGAAGGGUCCCAAGCACUGGAAUACCACUUUACACAUCACAGAUCUAAGUACCUGGCCCACGAUAACGACAGUACAGCUCUUCCGCGCAUACCAAACUGCUUUGCCGCACGCUGAUGUCGGCGAUAUCAUUCUGCUCCGCUCUUUCGCUGUCAAGAGUCUGAAUCGGCAGCCGAUGCUGAUCAGUGCGGAUGAAAGUAGUUGGUGCGUGUGGCGGUAUGGAAAGCCUGUCUGGGGUGCGAAGAGGGGUGCGUACGGGGAGAUUCGAGCGAGGGAGGAGAUGAACGGUCCGACGGUUGAACGAGGUGAAGGCGAAUGGCGGGAAGUGGAGCGUUUGAGAACGUGGUGGGUGGAAAAAAUCAAAAGAGAGCUUGAAGAGAAGGAAGCAAGCCACGUGAAGACGAGGAGCAAGGAUAAGUUGCCGGAAAAAGAGAACGAUGAGGUGGAAAUGGAGGAGACCAUUAGCCAGGUCAAGACAAGGAGUAAGGAUAAAGUGACUGAAAAGGAGAACGAAGUGGAAAUGGAGGAAACCAUUAGCCAGGUUAAGACGAGGAGUAAAGGCAAGGCGAAAGAGGUUGUAGAUAGAGAUGCCGAGGCGUGAUUGUUGUAACAGGUAAUAGCAUUAGUGGCGUUUAUUCAGAGCGAAGGGUAUGGCAUUAUAAGUCCAGGUCUGGGGUUACAUCAGGCCGGGAUCCAACUACUGUCUCAGGGCGACGGGUGCCCAAGUAGAAGAGGACAUCACGUCCGACAUGAUCAAUCACAUCACAUC